UUUAAAGAAAAAAAGAAGCAUUUUGAAAUGAAUAUUAACGAUACCGAGGAGACUUCAUCUGUAACAAAAACAAUAGAAACAAUUCCAAAAGAAUGUGAUUUGAUAGAAGAUGAGCGCUUGAUCUUCAUGGAACUGAAGGAAGCUGAAAAUACACUAACCAAUUUACAGAAUAUUUUAAAGGAGUUUUAUCGAACUGAAAAUGAAAACAACGAUCAUCCUGUGACAGAAGUGAAAGACAAAGAAUAUAUUAGUUCAAAACAGUGGCUAAAAAAGUAUGGAUUAAGAGCACAGAAACUGGGCCUUUAUGAUGCAUUCUCUGACUGCGCCUUUCGACAUAGUGAUGGUGUAGUGGAUAUUAAAACAAAGCCUGAGGAUGAGUCAGUGCAGACAGAUGCUGAAACGAAGAUGAAAGUAAUAAAUGCCAAAUACUGUGAGCGAUUUGUACAUGCACACUGGAAAGAUGGGUCUGUUGUACAUGUGUACAUCACUAAGGAGAAAUAUAGGUGGUAUGAAGAAAAAAUAAAGACUGCUCUAGAAAGGUUGGAACGAAGAAUUAAAUGGCUCCAGCAAGGGAGCAGGGAGCUAUUUGGAACUGUCCUUGAAGACCAAGUAUAUAUACUCAUUGAUACUUCACACUCCAUGAAGGACAAGUUAACAAUAGUGAAGGAAAAAUUAUUUCAACUAAUGCAGGAGCAACUUAGACACAAAAGAAUGUUCAACUUAGUCAAGUUUGAUUCCCGAGUAGAGGCUUGGAAAGAAAAAUUAACAGACGUUAAUGAAGAAAAUUUAACAGAUGCACGGACCUGGGCUAAAGAACUUCAGGUCGGCAGCUCUACAAAUACUCUCCGAGCUCUCCAGAUUGCAUUGGCUGACAGAAGGACUCAAGCAGUAUAUCUUCUUACAGAUGGCCGCCCUGACCAGCCUGCUGAGAUGAUUUUUACUCAAGUGAGCUCCCAGAAAUCUGUUCCAAUACACACUAUUUCCUUCAACUGUAAUGAUCUAGAGGCAAACAGUUUCUUGUACAAGCUUUCCAGUGACACAGGGGGGCGCUUCCACUGCUACAAUAACUCCUUACAGGACCUUGAAGCACCACAGCCUUUUGUUAGUGAAGACAUACAGCUUUUGUUGAAUGAAAUUGAAAAGGGGAAAGCUAUCCUUGAAAAGAUACAGAAAGUUCACACCGAAUGCUUAAUGUUAGACUGGUACCACAACGGAGAUAAAGACCUUGGACUAAUGCCAUCUCAGAAACAAAUACAAAAGCCUAUUACAAGGACAGGAUCUGCUCAUGAACCACAACGUCAUUCACCUUACCUGAACAGGCGGAGCCUUAGUGCACCCAGACUGCUUAAAAGGAAGAAAGCACUACAUGCAGAGCAAACAAAGACUAGUCUUCUAAGGGCUAUGAGCCAAGGUGUGAUGCUGUGUGAAAGUGCACCCGAAAUUCAGAUGCCCCCUGAAACUAGAGAGCUUUUUCUACGCAAUGAGAGGAAAGCUGCUGCUGUUCUUAAAGAGUUGAAUAUAAUAGAUUUUUCCACUUCAGAAAAAAGAGUCAAGAAGCCACCUAAAAGUGGUCUAGACAUGUCCUCUUCUCGCUGGUUGAAGACACACGGCUUGGUUGCUAGGAGACUCACAAUAAUGGAUGCCUUGGCUCCAACAGCUGUCCCACAUACGGCUAAAUAUGUGCCAAUUCUAGACAAACAUGUCCUUGCCAGAGUGUUUGAUGAGGUGUUACCUUUGGCUCAUGUAAGUGGAAACAGGAAUCUCAUCACAUUAAUUAAUCCCCAAGCUGUGGACCUUGAUAAGUAUAAGCAGAUGCUGGUACAGGCAAUUAAUUCUUAUGAAAGGCGUUUAAAUCUAGUUGUUUGGAGAGCUCUGUCACAAGAGGAAAGAGACAAAUUUGAUAGUGACAAACCAAUCUCAUAUAUGGAAAAUAAAGAGUCAUUAUUACAAGCUCUGGACAGACUGGGAUGGACCAUUUCUGCUGAAGAUGUGAUGUUGCUGGAAAAUGAAAUAUCAUCUGGAAAAACAUAUUUUCAGCAGGCCACAGACCUACAAGAGACAGCAGGAAAUAAAGAGUUAAGAGCUCAUAUAAAGCCAGAGAAAACUAAGGAGGAUAUUAAAAAGCAGGAUCCUAAGGAAAAAUUAAGAAGAAAGAGAUUGGAUACCCUGCGAGGUCAAAAAGUCAUUGCAAGAUCUGAGGUUGAUGGAUUUUAUUAUGAAGGUACUGUAAUAAAGAGUCUUAACUCCAAACGUGUCCUUGUGGAUUUCUGCCAAGGAGAAAAUCAGAUUGUUCCUGUUACAUUUAUAAUACAGACUGGAGGAGCUCUGCCCUGCCCGCCUCUAAAGGUUGGAGAUUUUGUAUUUGCAAAAACUGGGGCUGAAAAUAGUUACUUUGUCCCUGCUGUGAUCAUAGCAACUCCAAGAGCUGAAUCAGAAGAUAAAAUAUACUCUGUUCUGAAACACAAUGGGAGGAAAGCACAUUGUAUAAGGAGCGAACUCUAUAAAAUCAGCCAGUCACAGUUUACCUUUUCCUGUCGCUACAUAAGAGAAGCUCAGAUGGUAGAUUAUACUAUCCCAAAUAUCCAAUUUGUUCAGCCCCUUACACAUCCAAAAGAAAAAAAGAAACAAAAGGGACACCACAACCAAUCACAGGAGAACCUUGUAAUAGCAGAACGAAGCAAAACUUCUUCCUUUAAAGAUCAGCCUGAUGCAGAGAAGUCAAGAAAAAACAAUUCAUUUAGUGAUGGAGACAUUAGAAAACAAGGUUCUUCUUCACCAAUAAUUGAUAAAUUGUUUUCAGAACCUGAACAAUUCCCAAAGAUAGGUUGGUCAGAACAUCCAAAAACUUCUACUCCAAGGUCAGAACAUCCAAAAAUCUUCACCCCAGGGUCAAAACAUCCAAAAACCUCCACCUCAAGUUCAGAACAUCCAAAAACAUCCACGCCAACGUUUCCAUGUGCUUCUAGUGGUGCAGAUCUUUUUGCUUUAGACACUGAUAUUAACACAAAACUGGAAAGCUUAGCAUCUCAGAUCUCACAAUAUCAGAAGGAGCACACAAAGCAGCAACAAACCAUUCAAGAGUACCUAAAAGACUUAUCGGUGUUACAUUCUAAGCAAAAUAAAUAUUUCUCAGAAGAAGAUCAAAAAGAACUUGUCACUCAACAAAUUGAUCUAUUACAGCAGCUGAAAAUGCUAACACCUAUUAGCCACGUGCAACCUGAGAAGGCUGAUUUGCACAGCUUACUCCUAACCAAGCCCCAAAGUUUUCGAUGUAUACUGAUUCCUGGGCAGAAGGUGUUGGCCUUCUGCACACACAAUGGAUACUAUGAAGAAGCAUCUAUUAUCCAUGAUUGUGGAGAUUUCACAUACUUUGUUCAGAAAUCAAGUGGAGAGAUUGCAAGAGUCUGCAGAGAGGAUAUGUUUAAUGACUCUGAUGACUACACGAAGGAGAUAAAGAAGGAUGAUCCUGUGAUUGGACCACACCCAUUGCUGAACGGAUAUUAUGGUCCAGGUGUUGUUCUGAAAAUCAUGCCUGAUUUAAAAUUAGAGAUAAAAUACUAUGAUGAUACUGAAGAUUUGGUUCCAAGGGAGCAUGUCUAUUUAACAAGCACAGAGAGGUUUGACAGAGAUACUGCCUAUAUUUUGAAGUGUGAAGAGAGAUGGGUUGGACAACCAGUGGUUACUAGAAAUGAUGAGACUGGAACAUUCCAUUUAGCUGAAGUACAGGAGCACGUUAGCAAUGGAAAACAAUACGUGAUUUGCCGGUCUGAUGGAAGAACAAUGACACAGGACAUUAUGUGGAUCUUUGGGAAAUACAGCCAACCGCACCUCCUUAAAGUUGGUGAUUAUGUCCUGACACUAUCCAGCCCAGCGCCGCUCACAUUUCUUCCUGGAGUUAUAACUGGACAAAACGGAACAAAGUUACAUAUUGAGUUUUGUGAUGGUAAAAGCUGUCAGAAUGUGGAGUCACACCAUUGCUUUGGCCUGUCUGUGAAAAAGUAUAACAUGGCUGUGCAGUACUAUAACCAGCAAAAGCAAAGAAGAGAAGAAGAUGGUAUUGUCUCAGAUAGUGAAGAUUCAUUGUCUGACAUCUCAUCUGUUACAUUAACCUCGUUAGAUUCAGAAAGCUAUAGUUAAAUGGAUGAAUAAGUGACAUAUAUUAUAUGUAA